ACUGCCAUCACCGCCUGGCUCAGCCUGGGUCCUAUCCCCCAUGCUGUAAAAAUACUAGGUUAAUACAUGUAAACUACUUACAUUGUCCGGCACUUUGUCCAAGAAAUAUCUUUAGUAUUGUUAAAGCUGUAUUUUAGCAGUUAUAUUACAGAAGAUAUUUUACAACACUGAUACAGUGACAAAGGAGAUAUUGUCAAUAGGAUUCACCCAUUUUUUAAUUUCUUUGUUUUUAAUUGAGCUACCCCUUUUUUCUGGAUUUACCCAUUUUUAUUCCUCACUUAGGCAACCUUAUGAUGGCUAGGGUUUUUUUGUUUGUUUUGUCUUCUUGACACAAGUCAUUUGAAAAGAGGGAAUGAGAAAAUGCUUCCAUCAGAUUGACCUAUAGGGCAUUUUCUUGAUUAGUGAUUGAUUUGGGCAGUGUUACCUAUGGUCUAGUGGGCCUGGGUUGUAUAAAGAAUCAGGCUACAAGCCUUGAGGAGCAAGCCAUCCUUCAUGAUCUCUGCCUCAGUUCCUGGCUUGACUUUUCAGCCCUGACUUCCCAUAGUGAUGGAUUGUGACCUGGGAAUUUUAAAGUGAAAUAAACAUUUUCCUAUCCCAAGCUGCUUUUGGUCAGUGUUUUAACACAGCGAUAGAAAACCAAACUAAGACAGGUGAUUGUAUUCUAAAAGUCAGUUGUGAAAAUUGGGUCAGCUGCUGUUAAAAGUACAGUAAGAAACUGUAUUAUACCUAGAGUUUCUCGGUUUGCUUUUAAAAAAUCUGUUAUGUGUAUGUCACAGUACACCUGUGGACGUCAGAAGACAACUCCAGGGACUGGGUUCUCUCCUUCCACCUUUACAUGGGAUCUAGUGAAAGGCUUGUGCAACAAGUGAGCCAUCUCCACCCUGCUUGCUUGCUUUUUGAUACAGGCUCUCACUACAUAACCCUGCGUGGCCUGGAAUUGAGUUUGUAGGCCAGGCUGGAUUCACACUCAUGAUCCUCCUGCUACACUCCCCCCACUUCAUCCUCUUUAUAGGAUUAUGCUAGACCCCGAGAUGAAUAUUUGCGAUACAGAUUCUAGUUUAAAGUGAAUUACAGAGAAGUGGGAUAGUUCCCUUGGGUCAAACCCCCCAAGGCUUGUUCUUCCUGAUUGCAUCUUGUUACUUUAAACCCUCAAGUCUCAAAGUUUCCUAGGGGAGACCAUUCCAAGUCCAGUUACUCCCAGUGAACGCACGCGCGCACACACACACACGGAUUCUUCUCAUCACAUCGAUGUCCAGGAUUCAUCACUGUUCUAAGAACUAGUAAAUACUCUAGGAGUCAGUCCCUGCAUGUAUGGUCAGGUUCUACAUAUACUUUAUUCAAGUUUUGCGUGGCCAAAUUUGUGCUGCUGAGAAGCAGCCUAAACCACUUUCACGAGAAAGUCAUUAUUUCUGAUUUUUAGCAAGUGUUUGACAUAACAUACUCACCCUGUUCCUCUGACCCAAGUACUUUAUCCCUGUGUAUACAAAAGGUGUCAGGGGGGGAAAUGACUAGAACUCAAGGGGUGGAGCCUCUAUCCUUUUACGGGAAACUACAAUCCUUUAAUGCGCCUGCGAGGCUCCCACGCCCUGGGAAAGGUUCCUAUCGAUUUGCUCUGUGCUCCGCAGCUCUUUCUGGCUGCAGGCAGCCAUCUUGCCUGGAGCUUGAGACAGGGAACAGAGAAGGAACUGGUGACACCGGGCUCAGGGCCGCCCCGGGGGCCUCGAGAGCCAGGGGCAGCCCCGGAGGUGGUCCUGGGUCCUGGGCUAUGCUCUAGGGUCACAGAAGGGAGGGCAGAGGACAGAGGGCUUGAUGGGUGGAGAAUGUCAAACAAGACUUGCUAGGUGGGGGAGGGGCGUUGCUGAGGCAACUGGAGAGGGCGGGGUCAUGUCUGAAUUGCUGCUGUGAGUCACCGGAGUGCUGCCCAGGAAAGGCAGGGCUGGGGUGAUGACCAUGCUAAAGACCCAGUGGGAUUUCGCGACAUCACCUGUGUGGAGGGACUUCGUGUCUAUGGCAACUGUCACCUGGUGGAAGGGGCGGAACUAGAUUUCCUCUGCCUGCUACGCCGGCAUUCCAAGCCCUUGUCCUGCAGGCUACCGCAGGCAGACGCAUCAUAGAAGGAAGCCAGGGAAUGGCCGCGGUGUGGCAGCAAGUCUUAGCAGUGGACGCGAGACUGAUAAUAUAGUUGGCUCCGACUGACCCCAGCAGAGCUGCAGAUUGACUAUAUUAUCUCCAGAUUGACCUUUUCAUCAUACCUGUUAUUAAUCAGAAUCACCCCCAUCACAGUACGAUCACUCUUACCAUCCCAGUCACUGCCAAACACCUCAUUGCACUACCCUAUGCCUCGAGCUGAUUUAUUCCCUCUGUCCUGUGCCUGCUGCCUGCCCUGCCUCCUGGACCCUACAGGUACAACGCCUACCGCACACCAACGUUCCCACAGUUUCGGACCCAGUAUAUCCGCCGGCGCAGCCAGCUGCUGAGGGAGAAUGCCAAGGCUGGGCACCCCCCAGCACUGCGUCGGCAGUACCUGAGGCUACGGGGCCAGCUAUUGGGCCAGCGCUACGGGCCACUCUCUGAGCCAGGCAGUGCUCGUGCCUAUAGCAACAGCAUUAUCCGCAGCAGCCGCACUACCCUUGACCGAAUGGAGGACUUUGAAGAUGACCCUCGAGCCCUAGGGGCCCGAGGACACCGCCGAUCUGUCAGCCGAGGCUCCUACCAGCUGCAGGCACAAAUGAACCGUGCAGUCUAUGAGGACAGGCCUCCCGGCAGUGUGGUACCCACAUCGGUGGCAGAGGCAAGUCGGGCCAUGGCCGGGGACACAUCGUUGAGUGAAAACUAUGCCUUUGCAGGCAUGUACCAUGUUUUUGACCAGCACGUGGAUGAGGCAGUCCCAAGGGUGCGCUUCGCCAAUGAUGACCGACACCGCUUGGCCUGCUGUUCACUGGACGGCAGCAUUUCACUGUGCCAGCUGGUGCCUGCCCCACCCACUGUGCUCCAUGUGCUACGGGGCCACACGCGUGGUGUCUCUGACUUCGCCUGGUCCCUCUCCAAUGACAUCCUCGUGUCCACCUCCCUCGAUGCCACCAUGCGCAUCUGGGCCUCCGAGGACGGCCGCUGCAUCCGUGAGAUCCCUGACCCUGAUGGCGCUGAACUGCUGUGCUGCACCUUCCAGCCCGUCAACAACAACCUCACUGUGGUGGGGAAUGCCAAGCACAAUGUGCAUGUCAUGAACAUCUCCACAGGCAAGAAAGUGAAAGGUGGCUCCAGCAAACUGACAGGCCGUGUCCUUGCCCUGUCCUUUGAUGCCCCUGGCCGGCUUCUCUGGGCAGGUGAUGACCGUGGUAGUGUCUUCUCCUUUCUCUUUGACAUGGCCACAGGGAAGCUGACCAAAGCCAAGCGACUAGUAGUGCAUGAGGGCAGCCCUGUCACCAGCAUCUCUGCCCGAUCCUGGGUCAGUCGGGAAGCGCGGGACCCCUCACUGCUCAUCAAUGCCUGCCUCAACAAACUGCUGCUCUACAGAGUGGUAGACAAUGAAGGUACCCUGCAAUUGAAGAGAAGCUUCCCCAUUGAGCAGAGCUCACAUCCCGUGCGCAGUAUCUUCUGCCCCCUCAUGUCCUUCCGCCAGGGGGCCUGUGUGGUGACAGGCAGUGAGGAUAUGUGCGUUCACUUCUUUGAUGUGGAGCGGGCGGCCAAAGCUGCUGUCAACAAGCUGCAAGGCCACAGUGCGCCUGUGCUUGACGUCAGCUUCAACUGCGAUGAGAGUCUGCUGGCUUCCAGUGACGCCAAUGGCAUGGUCAUCGUCUGGAGACGAGAGCAAAAGUAGGGUUCGGCCAGCCCUGCACAGCCCGCUGUUCCCUCCUCUCCAGUCUUGUGUUGUAAAUAAAAUUUCUGUGGUUGUGUUGAGGGGCAACUCCCAGAUCUCCCAUAAGGAGGCACUAGGGAGUACUGAGCCCUCCAGUGGAAUGGGGAUGGCUUCCUCAGUUGUGCAGUAAUGUGUUCAUCCGUUCACCAAGCCCUGAGUAUCUGCUGUGAUGUAUCACGUAGUUGUGCAGUCAGUAGACAGGAAUGAGAGUACCAACUGUGAUGUCAGGAACUGUUCUAAAAAGGAAGGAUACUGUUGUGGCCUCAACCAGAAAUCCUGCCUUUGUGGGCUUGCAUCCUAGGAGAGGCAAGCAUACGGUAGACAAAGUACAGCCAUUCCUUGGAGUAUAAUUUGCUUUAUAAUUUUUCAACUUUUUGAUCUUACAGUGCUACAGAACCACACACAUACACCCAGUCUUUUUUUCUACUUUCAGUAUGGUGUUCAGUAAAUUACAUGAGCUAGUCAACAUUUUGUUAUAAAUUAGACUUUACAUUAGGUAAGUUUGCCUACCUGCAGAAUAAUGUCAGUGUUCUGAGCACAUUGAAGGUAGGUGGGGCUAAGCUAGGGUGUUUGGUAGGUUAGGCAUGUUAAUGCAUUUUCAAUUAAGACAGAUUGGUUGGGGUAUACCCGUCUCAUCGAGAAGCAUUUGUAUAUAAGAGGAUGGUUAAAGAUGAGUGACGUGAAGAGAAACAAAGGGAAGGAAGGAGAUGAGGUUGCAGGAACGGGAGGGGUGGGAGCUUCUUUCAGCAAUGUCAUCAGGAAAAAUGUUCCUGACAGGAUGAUGUUUUAAAGAUCUGAAUGAAAUGAGGGAAGUCAUAGUGGGGUAAAAGAAUACCCUCAACAGAAAGAAAAGGUAGUGCAGAGGCACCGAGACUGGAGUGUGUCAGAGGAUGACCAAGCCGAGUGUGACAGAUGACAUUAGACAGGGCUUUAGGGCUUCUUGGGCCAUGGUGAGGAGCUUGACUUUUCCUGAUCCUGAGUGAGGGAGGUUGGAGUGUGGAAUCAGACAGCCAUAGAGAAAUUAGGAGAGGAAUGUUGAGUUCAACCCCAGGGGCUUCAUCAGAUUAGGUUGUAAAACUUCCCAAGAUGACAGCUUCUGUGUGGGUUGGCAUUGGGUUGUGCAUUGAGUUGUGGCCCACAAAUAGGGAGUAGAAGUGUUGAGUUCUUUGAGUUCUAGGUUGGCACGCAGGCACCCCUGCUGUGGUGAAGAAGAAAUAGAAAAUCUGUAAGUUCACCCCUAUUUCCUCCCAUAUCCAUCCAGGGCCCCAAUUUAAGCCCUGGACCAGGUCAGAGACCAAAUGCUAAUCUCUAAUAUUGGGUAUUAGCAAGGAAAUAAGUUCCAGACUUAUUGUCCAUGACUAGAAUCAUGAAGAGCUUUCAGUUUUAAGAAUCAUCAGGGGCUCUUAGAGCUAGCACAUCCUCCCAGAUUCAUAUGCUGCUACUUUUGUAUCAGGUGGAACUGCGGCUAACAUCUUGGGACCUCAGAAUCACCAACCUAGUAGCAGUGUUGCUGAGCUGUGGAACUAGCAGCAGCUCUUUGAUGGAAGAAGAUAAGUCCUUGUUUGUUUAAUCUGUUUAUUAGUGUGAUCACUUGUAGCCAAAAGCAUGUCUGGCUCCAUCAGGCAGAUCUUAGGCAAAUGGUUAUGAGAUAAGGAUAUCUAAGUGAGCUGGACUGGCCAUGUUGUGUCAAAGUCAUGUAAGUGUGCCAACAUUCCUAAUCCAGCUUCGGGGUCAGUGAUUUCCUUUGAGGACUGUACAAUACAGCUGAAAGAUACAGGGAAGUGUACCAGACACCAAUUAAAUGAUGAUCUUUAAAGAGACCCUCCUAAGACUAGUACUUCAGAACUGUGUUAACUCUUUCCUGUACCAGGCAGAUACACGGCUUCAACCAAGCUCUAUAGGUAGCAAGAUAAUCGGGGGAAAUACCAGUUUUCUUUAACUUUCUUUUCUUCAUGUUCUCCAUUUUCUUUAAUGAGUCUGGUUUCAGGGUGAUUAAUGAUGAAUUUUGUUUGCAUGAUUUUGGGGGUUUCCUCCUUGUAAAAUUUUUGAGGUGGCAGAGUUGACAUUCCACUUUAAAGUCCUCUUGGUGACACUUUUGACUCACAACCUAAAGGAAACUAAGCACUGAGUGAACAAGGAAGAAUAAAAUAAUGUUAUUGGUCAAA